GCUAACCUCCAACCUUAUCGUUUCAGCAGUUAUCGUCCUCUUCUCUCCCCCAUCCCCGAUUCCUUUCCUAUCUUCUCUCCCCAUCUCUCUGAAACUACCACGCAGCACCCUCCCUCCCUCAACGGCCGCUGCUGUUGCUAGCCCCCCUCCCACCGUGCAGCGCAGCGCGAUCCAGAGCAGAUCGAGGCCACCAACAAGCCUCCGUCCUCCUCCGCUCAGCACCCGAUCCACCUCCCGUGUCAUGCACGGAGCAUGCAGGGAGCCUGGCGGCUGGAGUUCGCCGGCCGUUGGCGCCCUCCUCCCCUACGACCGGCACAUCCACCCUCUAGCUCACCUCCUCGCGCUGAUGGCCGGCUCGCCACCGGCGAGCAGCACCAACAGCAGGACCGCCGCCGCACCUCACCGCUCUCUUCUCUCUCCCUCUGGCCUUCCAUCUCCUUUCUCCCGUCCUCCCUUUUCUCUCCCGCUCAUCUCUCACUUCUCUCGCAGGCACCCAACGCAUGGCGUGCCUCGCCCCAUUCCUGGGCUCGGGCGGCGCAUACGCCCGCCGCGACGCAUCUCCUGCCUUGGCUUCUGCGGAGUCAGCGCCGGCGGCAAGCGGCGGGGCAUUCACGGCGGUUCAGUGGAGGCAGGGUGUUUUUUGCAAAAAACGAAACGUUAUCCAGAUUUAAGUAGGACCAUGGGUUAAUUCCUAAGAAACAGGGGGACUUUUUUGCAAAAUGACCAAUGACGGACGAGCAGAAGCGAUCGCUGGUUUAUUAGUAGGGAAAGAUUGUCUAUUAUAAAUUGGUUUACUUACAGUUGUGUAUUGAAUUUCAAUCUUAAUUUUGUUUCCUGCCAUCUUUAAUAUUUUUCAGAGUUGGAGCCUUUUGAGGAAAUUAUUCAUUUCAUCUACAAGGACAUGUUUUUCAAUAAGACUGAUCCACAAAGGUUACUUGAUAUUGUGGUCACUGCUGAUAAGUUUGAGGUGAUUGGAGCAAUCAAGCACUGUAAAACUCUGAUGCUGCAGUCCCCGCUGACUCUUGAAAUUGCCCUUCUUUAUUUGGAGUUCACUUCUGAGAAGGUAGAACUGAAUGAAAUUCUUGGUCCUGUUCAUACUGCUUGUGCUGAUUUUGUGGCCAAUACAUACAAAGAUCUGUUAAGUCAUGAGGAAGCCGUGCUCCAGUUGCGGCUCUCCGCUAUGAUUUCCAUCUUUAAGAGCAGUGCUCUUAUUCUUCCCAACGAAGACUAUGCAUUUACCUUUUUGCUGAAAUGGCUGGAGAAAGAGUACUCUGAUAAGGAAGAGAGAAAGGAUGUGUUUCAGAGAAUCGUGGUUUCUCUUAUCCGGUUCACGCACCUGUCUGAAGAAGCUCUGCUUGAUUUUACCUCUUGUAAUCUAGUUUCGAGUCCUGUUGACGCGAUCAAUAUUGUAUCUAAUGCAAUGCAUUUCAAGGCUACUUCAUCUCGAAGAAUUGCUUACUGGAGGUAUGAGCAGCGUGAUUAUCUUGUGAGGCCCGUCUCAUUAUCUUAUCUUAUGCCAGCUCCACAUCCUGAGGUUGUGGCAUACAUGGAUAUAUCACUGGGUCGCUGCUCUAGGAUGACUUCUCCUGGGAAAACAAAUGCUUACUCUGAAGCUUUUGCCUUUGGUGGAUUGACCCUAAACAUGGUCGCUACGUGUUUGACGCUGAUACUAAUACUCCCAAUUCACUUGGUUUGUUUUUAUGUGCCCAAACCGAGCAGCCAGCCAUCCUGAGUGUCACAUUCUCUGUGAGGACACACGACCAAAUGGGGCGUAUGUUGACUGUAUCUCGUUUGAACACACAUUUACAACAGGCAUCCCCUUUGGAGUAAAUGAUCUGUAUCUGACCCAAUGGGAUGAAUUGAUGGACCCCAACUGUAUUUUUGUCAUUAAAGGCCAUUUGCACAUUAGAAUGCGCAUUUCUGCUCUCCAGCCAUAGGGUUCAGGUAUUGCUUUAGGCUAAUCCCAUUUUGCUGUAUUGUUAAUCAUUUGAAGAUAAAGCUCAAGUAUGCUCGUUCUUCAGGUAAGGAGGUCUCCAGCAUCAGUCUUCAGGCCAAGUAGCUCGUCCAUGUUUUAGCGUGUCCUUCAGACCUGACCUGUGGUAAUCUGUCUGUGAUUCUGAUGACUGUUAAGUCUGGAAGCCAAGGAGCUUUGCAUAUCAUGUUGUUUAGCCUGCCCUUCAGACCUGACCUGUGGUAAUCUGUCUGUGAUUCUGAUGAGUUAAGUUUGGAAGUUUUAGCCUGUCCUUCAGACCUGACCUGUGGUAAUCUGUCUUGCAAGGAGCUGGUCUUGCAUAUCAUGUUGUUUAGCCUGUCCUUCAGACCUGACCUGUGGUAAUCUGUCUGUGAUUCUGAUGAGUUAAGUUUGGAAGUUUUAGAACUUUCUAUGCUAAGUAUGGUCAGUAGUAUGAUGAACAGAGCACUAGAUGCCCUAAUCUACUCCUAUGCUAAGUGUCUUCAAGAUCAUGUUUUUUUGGAUA